GCGGUGCUGACGAGCUGUGGCCGCGGCGAGCUUGACGCCAGGACUCACGAGGGAGGCGCAGAACGGCGGGAGCCGGCGGCCGGAACAGUAUCAGAAUAGCAGUGACCUACGUCCUCGGAGCGCAGCUUAGCUGGCCAUGGCUUUGUCGAUGCCGCUCAACGGGCUGAAGGAGGAGGACAAAGAGCCUACCAUCGAGCUCUUCGUCAAGGCUGGCAGUGAUGGUGAAAGCAUAGGAAACUGCCCCUUUUCCCAAAGGCUCUUCAUGAUUCUUUGGCUCAAAGGAGUUGUAUUUAGUGUCACAACUGUUGACCUGAAAAGGAAGCCAGCAGACCUGCAGAACUUGGCUCCAGGGACCCACCCACCAUUUAUAACUUUCAACAAUGAAGUCAAAACGGAUGUAAAUAAGAUUGAAGAAUUUCUUGAAGAGGUCUUAUGCCCUCCUAAGUACUUAAAGCUUUCACCAAAACAUCCAGAAUCAAACACUGCUGGAAUGGACAUCUUUGCCAAAUUCUCUGCAUAUAUCAAGAAUUCAAGACCGGAGGCAAAUGAAGCAUUGGAGAGGGGUCUCUUGAAAACGCUGCAGAAACUGGAUGAAUAUCUGAAUUCUCCCCUCCCAGACGAGAUUGAUGAGAACAGUAUGGAGGACAUUAAGUUUUCGACACGUAAAUUUCUGGAUGGUAAUGAGAUGACGUUAGCUGAUUGCAACUUGCUGCCUAAAUUGCAUAUUGUGAAGGUGGUGGCCAAAAAGUAUCGCAACUUUGAUAUUCCGAAAGGAAUGACCGGAAUCUGGAGAUACUUGACGAAUGCUUACAGUAGGGAUGAGUUCACCAACACUUGUCCCAGUGAUAAGGAAGUUGAGAUAGCAUAUAGUGAUGUAGCCAAGAGACUCACCAAGUAAAGUAGCACUUAGGAGAGAGAUGUGUUCACAGUCCCGUAACAGAAUAUGCUUCUCCUAACAGUCUGCUCCUCUUCCUAUGAUGUAAAAACUUUAUUUUGCAUGAACAUGCAGUUAUUCAAGAUUAGGAUAAAGGGAUAGACAAGGUAUAGUAGCUGUCUUAAGAUGUACACUCCUCAGCAGUAUUAUUUUAAAAUUCACUUGCCCAGCCUACCAUCCCCAUCCAUUUUCUCCCUUCCUCUGAUUUGGAAGACACUCCGUCACACGUAUUUCAGUUUAGAUUUAGACGUAGAGUGCCAUCUCUCCUGAGCCCUUAACAUUAUUAAGUCCAUUCACUGUGUACAGUUGGCAAGACUUUUGAGGUGCAUUGUUGAACUGGUUAAAUAGUAGCCGUGACUUCAUCAGUCAGCUCCAAACUGGCACAUAAUGCAUGGUACAAGGAAUAUUUAUGUAUUUUUGGAAUUUUAGAGUAAUAAGAGUGUAUGAAAGGAUUGUUAUUGUAUCAGAAAUAUUCUGUUUCAAUCUAGUCUGUCCUGGAUAUACACUAAAGGGUGUACCACCAGAGAAGCAAGCUUUCUAUGAAAAGUCACUACAGAUUUUGCUUUAUAAAUGGAUUAUUAUUUUUG